AUCCACUCCCGUACAACAGAUUCUACACUCAACCCAAUCUCGAGUCGAUCAGCCAGUCGUUAUCCACACGCAGUAAACAUCUAAUACUCUACCCAACCCAAACAACCAACUUAAUCAUCAACAUGCGUUUCUCCAUCGCCUCCGUUGCCCUUCUGGCUGGUGCCGUCGCCGCCGUUCCCCAGUACGGUCAACCUGAUGCUAAGCCCGUCCCCAUCUCCCAGAUCGGCGACGGUCAGAUUCAGGCUCCUCCUGCCUCGACUGCUGCCCCUGGCAUGCCUACUGGUACCGCCCCGGGUGUCCCUGCUGCCACCACAGCUACUUCAGCAGUCACCCUCACUGCUACCCUCACCAGCACCAACACCAUGGUCGUUCCCACCAACACUCCCGUUGCUCCCAUCCCCUCCAUGGUCACCCCCAUCGUUGGCGGCAACUCCACCAUGCCUGCUGCUGGUACCGGCGCUUCUUCCUCGCCUUCCUCGACUGGAUCUGGUGCUUCCGCCACCUCUGGUGCCGCCGGUAGCGCUACCCGCAGCGGCUCUGCUCCUGAGUCGACUGGUGCUGCCGCUGGCAACAUGGUCUCCUUCGGUGGCCUUGUCUUCGCCAUCGGUGCUGCCGUCUUCGCUUAGGCGCCUGCGACCAUCUUCUCGACCACACUUUUUUUCAUUCUUCACGAUAUACCAAUAACCCGGUCACGAUUGGGUUUCGUCUUUGUUUAAAAGCACACUGGAGUAACAUUCGAAGCAUUGCACGGCGGGUUCUAAUUGGGAUUGGCGUCGUGUCGAGGCUAUGACUGCAUGGAUCCACUAAUGCGACAAACGUUCCACCGGACUCUCAUGUUCGUCAUGUAUAGAUAGUAAUUCAAUACAAGACUGGCGCCGAAAGGCACCUUGAAAAUC